UGUGUGUGUGUGUGUGUGUGUGUGUGUGUGUGAUAGGGAGCCACCGCUGUUUCUAUAUAUUGUCAGCAAAGUAUAAAGUAGUUGUGCAACACGUGAAUCCCCGGCGGAAAGGCGAGUCGCGUGUGUCACGAGCUCCGUGGCGACCUUCACCAACCGUGAGACCCGUCCAGCCUACAGAGCGGACACGGUGCGGAGGAACAACACCUGGAGAGCAGAGUGUUUUAAAAGUGUCAUUAUGCCAUGGCGUCUCUGGGCGCCUCCUUCGUUCAAAUCAAAUUCGAUGACAUCCACUUCUACGAGAACUGUGGCGGCGGGAGCUUUGGCAGUGUAUAUCGUGCCCGCUGGAUCUCGCAAGACAAAGAGGUGGCGGUGAAAAAGCUGCUGAAGAUUGAGAAAGAGGCAGAGAUCUUGAGUGUCCUCAGCCAUCGAAAUAUCAUCCAGUUUUAUGGCGCAGUUCUCGAGUCCCCAAACUAUGGAAUCGUCACAGAGUAUGCCAGUAGAGGGUCGUUGUAUGAUUAUCUAUCAAGUGAUGCAAGUGAAGAAAUCAGCAUGAGACAGAUCAUGACCUGGGCAACAGAGAUAGCUAAAGGAAUGCAUUAUUUACAUGCAGAGGCCCCGGUCAAAGUUAUCCAUCGGGAUCUCAAGUCCAGAAAUGUGGUCAUGACAGCAGACAAAGUUCUCAAGAUCUGUGAUUUUGGAGCAUCUAAGUUUCACUCCCACACCACACACAUGUCUUUGGUUGGCACGUUCCCCUGGAUGGCCCCGGAGGUCAUUCAGAGCCUUCCCGUUUCUGAAACGUGUGAUACAUACUCCUAUGGAGUGGUCCUGUGGGAGAUGCUGACUCGUGAGAUUCCAUUCAAAGGGCUUGAGGGGCUGCAAGUAGCUUGGCUAGUUGUAGAGAAGAAUGAGAGAUUGACUAUUCCCAGCAGCUGUCCUGCCAGUUUUGCAAACCUGAUGAGGAAAUGCUGGGAAACAGAACCAAUGAAAAGGCCCCUGUUUAAAGAGAUCCUGUCCAUCUUAGAGGCCAUGUGCAAUGACAGCCAGCUCUCUGAUCAGUGCAAUUCCUUCCUGCAAAACAAAGCAGAAUGGCGGCGCGAGAUUGAGGCGACUCUAGAUCGCUUGAAGAAGCUGGAGAGGGACCUGAGCACUAAAGAGCAGGAGCUAAAGGAGAGAGAGCGCCGACUCAAGAUGUGGGAGAAGAAACUCAUAGAACAGUCCAACACUCCAUUGCUCCCAAACCUGGCCAUCCAUGUCUGGACAGAGGAGCAUGUGUACUUUUGGAUGUCGCAGAUAUUUGGGACAGACGGUGUAGAGUGCGAAAUGCAGCGCUACGCAGAUGUCUUCAAGAAGAACCACAUCACUGGACGCAGGCUGCUGCUCCUCUCUGAAGCAGAUAUGAGAGAUAUGGGCAUCUCCUCUAAAGGGCACAUCAUACACCUGAAGGCUGAAAUUGAAAAAUUAAGAAAUGAUUAUCUGGCACUGUUACAUUUCCCCCCACUAACAAAGGAUGAAUGGGAUGGAGAAGAGGAGGGGGAAAGCUGGAGGAAGACUGUGAAUCUGGAGCUGGUGUUUGGUUAUCACUGGAAACCAGGGACAGGUCCACAGGACUGCAAAUGGAAAAUGUACUUGGAGCUUGACGGAGAUGAAAUUGCUUUAACCUAUAUCAGAGACGUCACAUUUAAUGCAAAUAGACCGGAUGUGGAAGUCUUAAAGAUGACCAAGCCACCGUUUGUGAUGGAGAAAUGGAUUGUUGGGAUAUCUGACAAACAGACUGUUGACUGUACUGUAAAUUAUGAGAGUGAUGUCAGGUCUCCAAAGAACACAAGGCAUGUGCACUCAGUGCGGUGGAGCCUGGUUAGUGGUGCAGAUGAAAUCAGAGGUGUGGAGCUGCUCAUAGAAACACCACCAACAAAUGGGGACGGGAAUUUCAGGAGCCGUUCCAACUCUGGUGUUGAUCCUCAGUGGAUUUCCAGUCUGAGAUCAAAGCAAAUCAGAGAGAACCAAACCCAGGAGCUCCACAGUGCCAAUAUGAGCAGCCAAUCAGACAGCAUGACUCUCCCGCAGUUCCUGUCUGUUUUUGGUAACCAGUCGUCAUAUGCUUCUGCGGUGCGAAGAUCACCCAGUCGCAGCCCACUUUCACAAUGGGCCGACUCCCGAAGCUCUUCACCUACACUUUCAACCAAACUUUCCUCAAUCCACUUGGGGUCAAAGGGUAGCAGCCCAUCUAGUACAACUUCAGAGAGCACAUCAGAUAGAGAACGCUCUCAAAGCAGAAGAUACAUGUACAACUACCAAAGAAAAAACUCCUCUAGCUCUCUAACUGUGAGUGGAGGAGGAGACCGGAGAUUCUUUAGAGGGGGCGGUCAUACAUCUCAUAGCACCCCAAAAGGCGGACGACACCGGACCAACCACAUAGUACCCCAGAACCAAUUACCGAUAAUCCCAGGACUGGCAACCGCAACAGUAGGGGAAAAGCAGAAAGAUGAGCCUGAGGAUGCCAAAGGUACAGAAGGAGGAUGGAUUAAAGUAGAACGCAAAAAGCCUCUCAAACAAGACCAUAAGCAACUGGACCAGAGACAGCUCAGAGGUCGUCCAAGAAAGGGAGGAAGAGGGGGGCGUGGGCGGAGCUAAGGGUUUUAAUAAAUUAAAUUAUUGAACCAAAGAAAAAACAUUUUUACAAGAUGUACAAAUAACAGCAGAUAGAAGCAUAGUGUUGGCAUAAUAAGCUGCUUUGCAAGGAAUUAUAAACAGAAGUUUUUUAAACUAAAAAUUCAUGAUGUUUAUUUCACAGGCUUGCCAAAGCGAGAAACACAGGUUAAUAAUGAAAAAAGAAGACACUUUUAAAUGCACAAUAGCUUGAACUAAACAAAGACCUUUUUUCCUGAUCCAGUCUCAUUCUCCAAUAUAGAUGACAAAGCUGUAAAUUUUAACAACACAACAUUUUACCUGUGGUGAUUAAGCCGUAGAGCCAGUAAAGAUUUUUAUAUUGUUUUAUUUUUUUGUCUGUACAUAGAAAUAUAUCUGAAAUGUAUUUAAUGAUUAAAAAUCAAUCCUGUAAUGCAUGUUACAAUCACGUAUGCAAUUGUUUUAUAAAGGUGGGUGGGAAUAUACAAGCAAUAGAAUGAUUUAGAAGUUUCAUUUACUAAUGUUGUUAGGGAUUCACAUACACACACAUACACACACAGUCACACAUACACACAGCACUACCUACUAAUUAUGUGUAUUAGUAUUUGUAUUUUGUCUCAGGUUUCAGACUGUUGUGUAUUGUUAUAUAUUUUAUAUAAUUUAUCCACCUAUAUCAUAUUGUAUUCUCAAAAUAAAAUGGAUCCAAAAAGA